CCCCAGAGCGACGUGCUCAGGGCCGAGCAGGAGACUCGAGGUUCGGCGCGGGCGGGGACGAGAAGCAGAGCUCAGGCAAGCGGGGACCGCGGCUGGCGCGGGCGGGCGCGGCCUUUGUCUACUCCUCCCGCGCGUUCUGCCGCUGCACCGGCCCCAUGCGUCCGAGGCCCCCAGGAGCCCCGGCCGCCCGCAGCCCCUGACCUGCUCUGCCCUCGCCAUGGCCGAGGCCACCUCCGGCGCCGGGAGCACGUCCCUGGAGGGCGAGCGCGGCAAGAGGCCCCCGCCAGAGGGCGAGCCUGCAGCCCCGGCGUCCGGAGUUCUAGAUAAGCUUUUUGGGAAGCGGCUCCUGCAAGCAGGUCGAUACCUAAUAUCCCACAAGGCAUGGAUGAAGACUGUGCCCACGGAGAACUGUGACGUGCUGAUGACCUUCCCAGGUACCUGUGCCCACCCGCCCAGUGCCCAGUGGGGACUCCACCACAUCCGCGUGGGCAUCCCUGAGCUCAUUGUGCAAGUCCGCCACCACCGCCACACGCGUGCCUAUGCCUUCUUCGUCACCGCCACUUAUGAGAGCCUACUCCGAGGGGCUGAUGAGCUGGGUCUGCGCAAAGCAGUGAAGGCCGAGUUUGGCGGGGGUACCCGUGGCUUCUCCUGCGAGGAGGACUUCAUCUAUGAGAAUGUGGAGAGUGAGCUGCGCUUCUUCACCUCCCAGGAGCGCCAGAGUAUCAUCCGCUUCUGGCUUCAGAACCUGCGUGCCAAGCAGGGUGAGGCGCUGCACAAUGUGCGCUUUCUGGAGGACCAGCCAAUCAUCCCUGAGUUGGCGGCCCGUGGGAUCAUCCAGCAAGUGUUCCCGGUCCACGAGCAGCGCAUCCUGAACCGCCUCAUGAAGUCAUGGGUGCAGGCUGUGUGUGAAAACCAGCCGCUAGACGAGAUCUGCGACUACUUUGGUGUGAAGAUUGCCAUGUACUUUGCUUGGCUGGGCUUCUACACAUCAGCAAUGGUGUACCCAGCUGUCUUCGGCUCUGUCCUGUAUACAUUCACAGAGGCAGAUCAGACAAGCCGGGAUGUGUCCUGUGUGGUCUUUGCCCUGUUCAACGUGGUCUGGUCGACGCUAUUCUUGGAGGAGUGGAAACAGAGGGGUGCAGAGCUAGCCUACAAGUGGGGGACACUUGACUCACCUGGGGAAGCUGUGGAAGAGCCACGACCCCAGUUCAGGGGUGUGCGACGCAUCAGCCCGGUGACACGGGCCGAGGAGUUCUAUUAUCCACCCUGGAAGCGGUUGUUCUUCCAGCUAUUUGUGAGUGUCCCCUUGUGCCUCACCUGCCUGGCCUGCGUGUUCCUGCUCAUGCUCGGCUGUUUCCAGCUGCAGGAGCUGGUACUGAGUGUGAAGGGACUACCCCGUCUUGCCCGCUUCUUGCCCAAGGUUGUGCUGGCCUUGUUGGUCAGCGUAAGUGCAGAGGGCUAUAAGAAGCUAGCUAUCUGGCUCAACGACAUGGAGAAUUACCGGCUGGAGAGCGCCUACGAGAAACACCUCAUCAUCAAGGUUGUCCUGUUCCAGUUCAUCAAUUCCUACCUGAGCCUCUUCUACAUCGGCUUCUACCUCAAGGACAUGGAACGCCUGAAAGAGAUGCUGGCCACUCUGCUGAUCACCCGCCAGUUCUUCCAGAACGUGCGCGAGGUCCUGCAGCCACACCUGUACCGACGGCUGGGCCGUGGCGAGCUUGGCCUACGGGCUGCUUGGGAGCUGGCCCGGGCCCUGCUUGGCCUGCUCAGCCUCCGGCGCUCUGCACCCCACCACCUUGAACCCCAGGCUGAAGAGGGUGGUGGCAGCGAUGGCGGAGGGGGCCGCAGGUGUCUCAGCGGGGGCUGCGGGGCACCUGAGGAGGAGGAGGAGGCCACAGUGGAGCGGCGGCCAGCAGGGGAAGGAGGGGAGGUGGGGGACGGGCCACAGGGAGGCAAAGAGGAGGAAGAGGACGAGGAGGAGGAGGAUGAGGAGGAGGACGAAGAUGAGGAGGAGGGUGAGGAGGGUGGUCUCCUGGACUGUGGGCUCCGCCUGAAGAAAGUCAGCUUUGCUGAGCGGGGGGCUGGGCGACAUCGGCCUGGCCCAAGCCCAGAGGCCCUCCUGGAGGAGGGUAGCCCCACAAUGGUGGAGAAGGGGCUGGAGCCGGGUGUGUUCACACUGGCCGAAGAGGACGAUGAGGUGGAAGGAGCAACUGGCAGCCCUGAGCGGGAGCCCUCAACUGUCCUCCGCCGGGCCGGGGGUGAGGGCCGUGACCAGGGGCCCUACGGGGGCCCGGAACCAGAGCCUGGCUCAGGUGACUCAGCCCGGAGGCAGCGGCGACAGAACCGGUCCUCUUGGAUCGACCCACCUGAGGAGGAGCACUCACCCCAGCUCACCCAGGCUGAGCUCGAAAGCUGUAUGAAGAAGUACGAGGACACGUUCCAGGACUACCAGGAGAUGUUCGUGCAGUUCGGCUACGUUGUGCUCUUCUCAUCCGCCUUCCCACUGGCUGCGCUGUGCGCCCUGGUCAACAACCUCAUUGAGAUCCGCAGUGACGCCCUCAAGCUGUGCACAGGGCUACAACGGCCCUUUGGACAGCGGGUUGAGAACAUCGGCCAGUGGCAGAAAGUGAUGGAAGCCAUGGGUGUCCUGGCAAUUGUAGUCAACUGCUAUCUCAUCGGCCAGUGUGGGCAGCUGCAGCGCCUCUUCCCCUGGCUCAGCCCCGAGGCGGCUAUCGUGUCUGUGGUGGUGCUCGAGCACUUUGCUCUGCUUCUCAAGUACCUUAUCCACGUGGCCAUUCCCGACAUCCCGGGUUGGGUGGCUGAGGAGAUGGCCAAGCUCGAGUACCAGCGCCGGGAGGCCUUCAAGAGACACGAGCGCCAGGCUCAGCACCGCUACCAGCAGCAGCAGCGGCGGCGGCGGGAGGAAGAGGAGCGCCAGCGCCACGCAGAGCACCAUGCCCGGCGGGAGCGUGAUUCCAGUGGCCGGGAGGAGGCGCGGGCUGAGGGCUCUGGGCUGGACCCCACUGCCCCUGAGAAGGCCUCGGCCAAGGCCAAGGGCAGCGGGGCGGGUGGCCACGGGCCAGAGCGGCCCAAGCGCCCAGGGUCCCUGCUGGCACCCAAUAACGUCAUGAAGCUGAAGCAGAUCAUCCCGCUGCAGGGCAAGUUCCUGUCAUCGGGGUCUGCAUCUUCCCUGACAGGCACGGGGCCGGGCCCUGCCGCCCGGCUGCCCUCUGCCCAGUCGCCCACAGGCAGCGACACCCGCUUGCCAGCCUUCCUCAGCUUCAAGUUCCUCAAGUCACCCGAGACCCGGCGGGACCCCGAGCGCAGCCACUCGCCGCCCAAGGCCUUCCACGCCGGCAAGCUCUUCCCCUUCGGGGGCACCCGGGCUGAGGCUGGGGCCAAUGGGGCGGGCGGGCAGGCCCGGCCGGACGGGAUCCCCAGCAGUGGCAGUGGCAGUGGCCGGGCCCAGCGCAGUGGGCUGGCGGAUGAGGCUGCGGCUGAGGAGCCAGAUGCCCUCCGGCCGGAAGAGGAAGGCUCAGGGACAGCGCUGACCCUGGUGGGCGCUCCCACCCUUCGCACCCGCUGCAUCCGGAGCCCUGCGCCAUCAACGCCAACACCACCUCCCCGGCCCCCAACACCGCCUGCUGGCUGCUGGCAGUGGGAUGGGCCAUGGGGCUGCGGAGGUGAGGGUGCUGCCCCCCACCAGGCCCCUGCCACCAACACUGAGUGCCAGCCCUGUGCCCUAGCCGGGCCUCCACCUGCCCCCCAACCCCUGCCAGGGGAUGCCAGCUUCUACAGCCUCGCACCUCCGCCACUGCCACCAUCCUCUGAGCUCCCUGAGCCCCCAACAGCCUCACCCAGCUCCAGCCCCAGCCCUCAGGCUGUGUGCUGGCCCAGUGGCUGGCACUAGCUCCUCUGGGCGCCCUGCCUUCCUGUUCUCAUGCAAUAGCAGUCACGGACCGGCGGCUGCCACCCAGGAAAUGCUUUGGCCCCCAAAAUCCCAGUAUUGGCCACCCCCUCCUGGGGCAAAAGCCUGGAUCUCCCUAUCUGCCGUUUUUUCCUUUCGAUCAGGCCAGAGGAAACGAAAGGAAACACCCACUCCCCCCAAAAAAAACAACAGAAAACACAGAAUAGGCGAUUAUUUAUUUGUUUUUAAUUUAUUUUGUCAUAUUUUUGUAAAACGGCAGAAAUGCAAUAAAAAGUAUAUUUCAACAGUGCCCGAGGACAGAGCAGUGGAAACAGGGCUCAGAGGGCCCAGUGACUUGAGGCUGGCACCUGGUGGGCCUGGGGCAGGAGCUCACUCUGUCCUGUGGCCUUGGUGCCUCCUCCUAAGAACUGGGUCUUGAGGCCAUGGAUGGAAAACUCCAGACUAUGCUGCCUCUGAGACGCCCCAGAUUUGGGGGCCGACUCCAGGCCUGGGGCCCCUGGGAGGAGCUGCAGAGCCUCAGGCCAUGUCUUCAGCCUCCUAGACAAAGGAAGAAAUCUCAAAGUGCUGAAAGGACUCAGCAGUUUGGGUGCUGGGCCUGAGUCUGCUUCAGCCUCGCACGGU